CCCUCCUCCCUCUCUCUCUCACACACACCCCCGCUUGGGCCUCUUCUCUCUCUCCGGCUCCAUUUUCUCCGCCGCCGGGGGCCGGGGUCUCCUGUGGGGGGCCCAGCCGGUACCCCAGGUCUCCCUUCAGGCCUGGGGUGAACCUCCGGGGGAGCCGGGAGGGGAGAAACCGGUGGGGGUUGGGGCGGAGGGAGCAGCGGCCCCACCGAGUUUGGGGGGGGAAGUAACCAGGCGGGGGGAGGGCGGAGCAGGGAGGGGGCCUCAGGGCCCCCCCCCAACUAUGGACGAGCGGCUGCUGGGGCCGCCCCCUCCAGGCGGGGGCCGGGGGGGCCUGGGAUUGGUGGGUGGGGAGCCUGGGGGCCCUGGCGAGCCUCCCGGCGGCGGAGACCCCGGUGGGGGUAACGGGGGGGUCCCGGGAGGCCGAGGGAAGCAAGACAUCGGGGACAUUCUGCAGCAGAUAAUGACCAUCACCGACCAGAGCCUGGAUGAGGCCCAGGCCAAGAAACACGCCCUUAACUGCCACCGCAUGAAGCCUGCUCUCUUUAGUGUCCUGUGCGAAAUCAAGGAGAAAACCGGCCUCAGCAUUCGAAGCUCCCAAGAGGAGGAGCCGGUGGACCCACAGCUGAUGCGCCUGGACAACAUGCUUCUGGCAGAGGGUGUGGCUGGGCCUGAGAAAGGGGGGGGCUCUGCUGCAGCAGCUGCAGCCGCCGCAGCCUCGGGUGGCGGCGUGUCCCCUGACAACUCCAUCGAACACUCCGACUAUCGCAGCAAACUUGCCCAAAUCCGCCACAUCUACCACUCGGAGCUGGAGAAGUACGAGCAGGCAUGUAACGAGUUCACGACGCACGUCAUGAACCUGCUGAGGGAACAGAGCCGCACGCGGCCUGUGGCUCCCAAGGAGAUGGAGCGCAUGGUGAGCAUCAUCCACCGAAAGUUCAGCGCCAUCCAGAUGCAGCUCAAGCAGAGCACCUGUGAGGCUGUCAUGAUCCUGCGUUCCCGCUUCUUGGAUGCCAGACGCAAACGCCGCAACUUCAGCAAACAAGCCACUGAGGUCCUCAAUGAGUACUUCUACUCCCACCUGAGUAACCCGUAUCCUAGUGAGGAGGCUAAGGAGGAGCUUGCCAAGAAGUGUGGGAUCACUGUCUCUCAGGUCUCCAACUGGUUUGGCAACAAGCGGAUCCGCUAUAAGAAAAAUAUUGGAAAGUUCCAAGAGGAGGCCAACAUCUAUGCCGUCAAGACUGCCGUGUCAGUCACCCAGGGGGGCCACAGCCGCACCAGCUCCCCGACACCCCCUUCCUCUGCAGGCUCUGGCGGCUCUUUCAAUCUCUCAGGAUCCGGAGACAUGUUUCUGGGGAUGCCCGGGCUCAACGGAGAUUCCUAUUCUGCUUCCCAGGUGGAAUCACUCCGACACUCAAUGGGGCCAGGGGGCUACGGGGAUAACCUUGGGGGAGGCCAGAUGUACAGCCCUCGGGAAAUGAGGGCAAAUGGUGGCUGGCAGGAGGCUGUAACCCCAUCCUCAGUGACAUCUCCGACAGAGGGACCAGGGAGCGUUCACUCUGACACUUCCAACUGAUCUUGCCCCUCAGGGCCACAGGGGUGGGGGCUCACAAGGCGACUCUUGAAGAGGACGCAGGCAUCCAGAGGACAAACCGCAGGACACAGGAGAAGCACAAGACAGAGAAGGGCAAAUGGGGUCAUCCCUUCCCUGACCAGACUCUCCAGUGCUGGGGGUGCUGACUAUAUGGCAGGGAGAAUGGGGUCCCCUAAGGGGAAAGUGGGGUCUCAACCCCUUUUUUCCUUUCAGUCUUUCUUCUCUCCCUUUCUCUCACACAUAAACCACACACCCAGAAUUCUGUUGUUCAGAUCGCUUUCCCUUUGCUCUACCUGCUAUACUAUAUUCCAUUUCUGUAUCUUUCUCUGGGCUCCCCGACUCUUCCCUCCUCUACCCCACUUAACCUGCUCUGGGAUCUGUGGAGAAGCCAGCCCUGCCUGACCAGAGAUGCCAAAACUGGGGACACUCCUGGACAGAGGACAUGGGCCAUGAACUCUGUGCCUCCCCACCCCCUGCCCCUCCAGAUGGCUUUAUUACCUCAUACACAGCUCAUCUUAAACCAAUAGAAUCGCUCGGUGGACGAGAGUGUUUGACUCAGAUAUCUACCUCGGAGGGAGUUUCUGCUACUUUAGGGAAUUGUUGACUGGGCUUUGGGGUUGAUUUUCUUUUUUCUUUUUUUUCUUUUCUUUUUUUUUUUUUUUUUUUUUUUUUUGUCUUAAAGGAAAGAAACGAAACCCUGGGAUCCAUCUGUACUAUCUGAAUUUUUUUGUUUUGUUAUUGGUUCUUAAUUUUUAGUUUGGGGAAGUAGAUGUUUUUAUAAAUAUAUUGAUUUUUUUUUUUUUUUAAUUUCUUACUUUCCCACGUUAAGGGUGAUAGCCGAAGGGGUCAUAAGAGAAAGGGGAACAAAUAGAACUUGUAAACAGGCCCACCUGGCUCCAGUCCUAUCCAUCAGAAAGUAUGCUUAGCAGGGCCCCAAGCCUGCCCUCCUAAAAUCACUUAGGUAUUUUUGCUUGUACGAUCACUUAAGUGUUCUUUGCUUAUGCAGGCAGCUCUCUGCUGCAUUUGGUGUGGAGGUAGUCAGGGGCUUGUUCUGCUGACCUAUCCCCCUCCUCCCCCCACAUACAAACACACGGCACCCCUGGGCAGGGCUGGACUCAGUAAUUUUGAGGAAGAGCCACCUUCCCCUGUGAGUGACACGUCUUUAAGUCUUUUUAAACUACUCUUUGCAGAUUGGAGGGGGAAGAAUGGGGAAGGGGUUAUUGCCAAAUAUGGUGAAUGUGGGUUGGGGUACCUGUGUGUGUAUCUCCCUCAACUUCCCCAGAAAUGAGGCAUUUUUUUUCUCAGUUCAAAAAUCAAGAGGGUGGGGGGAGAGAAGAGGGAGAUUACAAAAAGCCAAGUAUGGGGGAAAGUAAAAUCACCCAUGACCUAUUCUUGGCCAGAACUCUACCAUCUGAGCCCCUCAAACAUCCUCAGGAUUUUACAAGACUGUCCUAGUGGGGAACCUCUCCUGUCAAAGAUCCAGGCAGGACUGGAGGGGAGCAGAUUGGAUGUGUGAUGGGUGGUGGGCAGGAGGCACGGGUCGGGGGCAGUUCUCUCCUCACUUGUAAACUUGUAGUUUCACAGAAAAGGAAAAACAAAAAAAAAAACAUGCAGUUUUAAAUAAAGAAAUUUCUUUUUUCCCUGGG